AUGAACGAAGUUGGUCCAUCUCUGGUGACAAGUUACACUUUCAAAAAUGGCAAAGAGUACAUCGUGAAGAUCAGAAUCGCCGCUUUCAAGGGACACCAGCGUAAUUUAGAGCUCACCAUCACCGACAAAUAUACCGCUGAGAACUGGCAAUCUUGUUACGACGCUGCAUACAAGCGAAUCCAUUGCAUUGGACUUGCUGACGUUUGAGGAUUUAGAGUUGUUACGUGCCCGCAAGCUUGAACGCAGUUCAUGCUCAAGUUUAGGUAAUGCGAUGAAUAAUCGCCGAUAUCUUAUACUGACGUACACAGUAGAGUUCGAUAGAAUUCAUUACCCCCUACCUUUGGAAUAUUGUGGUUUACCCAAUCCUACGGUACUGCAAACUACCAUUAGAAAAUUACAAACCGAGCUUGAAAGAUUACAGUCUGCAGGAAUACAUAAGGAUCUCCAGAAACUCCAGAAACGCAUCGAGCAACUGACAAUUGCAAAUCAAAAACUUAUACAGGAGAAUCGUAGGCUCGCAGGCGGAGGGAAAGGUUUAAAAUAUUUAUUGGAAUCGAUUAAGUCGUUAGAGAAUAACGUUGUUAAAGAACGUACGUCCUUUCGCAUGCAAAUUCAAAAACUUAAAGCUGAAAACGCAGCCUUGUUAUUGAGGAUACAACAACUUACUGCUAACAAAAAAUCCGUAGACGAUAGUCCAGCAUCGAAACGUCGCAAUCAUGCAGCUUGUAAACGGAACAGAAGUCGAUCUUCUUCGAUCUCAAGCCGCAAUAGAACAUCUAUUUUGUCGCCAGUAACAAUUAUUCAUUUAUAAUAUGGGGUCUGACAAUGCAUCUGAUACUGUUGUGGGGUGUACUCGAUGUGAACUUUCAUUCCCCUAUCAUUCAAGAAUUGUCAAACGUACCAAUAUUAAAAAAUGCACCGGCAAAGAGAUUGAUCUUGUUUGUAGCAGAUGGUUUGAGAUUCAGAACUUUUAUUGACGCACCACCAAAAUAUCUCAAACACGUAAUGACAGACAAAGGUGCUUGGGGUAUAUCUCAUACAAGAAUGCCAACGGAAUCUAGACCGGGCAUUGUCGCAAUUUGUGCAGGAUUGUACGAAGAUCCCAGUGCUAUAUUUAAAGGAUGGAAAGAAAAUCCUGUUGACUUUGAUUCUAUUUUCAAUCAGAGUUAUGUUUCAUGGGCUUGGGGAAGUCCUGAUAUUAUACCUAUGUUUACAAGAGGUGCGAGGGAAAAUAUACAUGGUGAUAGCUAUCCUGCCGAAUGGCAAAAUUUUGAUAUAAUGCACGGUCAGAUUUGGCGUUUAGACUCUUGGGUAUUUGACAAAUACAUUGAUUGGCUCAGGGAAGAUGCUCAUAAGUAUAAAAACGCUGAACGUGUGGUUCUGUUCCUUCAUCUUCUUGGCUGUGAUACUACAGGACAUACAGCAAAACCCUAUUCCAAAGAAUAUGUUGAUAACAUGAAUUAUGUCGAUCGGAAAAUAGAGGAAGUCGUGCAAAUGACGGAAAAUUUUUUUGGUGAUAAUGGUACUGCAUAUAUUUUCACAUCUGAUCAUGGAAUGACUGAUUGGGGAUCACAUGGAAGUGGUUCUACAGAUGAAACGGAAACACCAUUGAUCGUUUGGGGUGCAGGAAUUAAUGCAUUUAAUUUUCGUCAAAAUGUAGAGCAAGUUGAUAUCACACCGCUAAUUUCGGCCUUGAUUGGUGCUCCAAUUCCAAUUAACAACGAAGGUGUUUUACCAUGGCAAUAUUUAAGUACUACUAAUCUUAAAUACGUAAAUCAUGCGCUAUUAAAUAAUUUGAAACAAUUAACAUACCAAGUAAAGGCAAAUCGCAAAAUGAAUUGUGAAGAUAAUGGAUUUGCAGAUUGGAGAGAGAUAGAAUUAGAUAAUAAAAUUUCUAUUUUAGAUAAAGAUUCUGAAACCGAAGAUUCAAAUGAGAAAUUAAAGAAAAUAAUUGAUGGAAUUAAGCUAGCCAAAAAAUCUUUGAUAUAUUUUCGACAAUAUCAAAGGACACGAUUUCUGUUAUAUUUGUCUGUAAUAUGGCUUGGAUGGAUAACACUGUUAUUCUUCAAAACAACUGGAGUUAAUCGACCCAUUGUCAAUUCUUUUAUUUUAUUAACAACAGACUGUGUAUUUACAGCUGUAGUGAUUAUUAUAUUUAUUACGCAUAAAGGUUGUAAUAAUUGGAGAUUACCUUAUUAUGCAUUUUUAGCUACGAUUUCUUCCUGGCUAGCUAUUCGAAGUAUAAUUAUGUACGCAGUAAAAUUAAAAGUCUGCAACAACAAAUAUUAUUGGACAAUAAUUGCAGAAAUAAUUUUUUUAUUUAUAACGAUGUUUGUUGGUUUAACACAUAGAUUCGUUCUUAGCAUAGGAAUGUUAUGUAUUACUGUUGUUCAGAAGAUAUUGCAAAAGAACGCUCAAAAUUUAUUCUCUUGGACAGCGUUAUGUUUAGCUGUUUUUCCGCUAUUACCUGUUGUAGAGCCAUAUCCUCGAGUUUACAUUAUAAUUCUAAGUAUAUGCGUCGUAAUUGUGAUGGUUGCAUUAAAAAUGCGAUCAAAAUAUAGGAAAGCAAUCGAAAUGUUUCGCUUAAUAGCAACAGUAUUAAUAUACAUAGAAUUUGUAGACGGACGAAGUUGGAUAUCAUGGACAAUUUUAUUAACAACGCCAUUAUAUAUUUUUACUUAUUCUACCCAAUUAAAAAAAAGAUUGCAAGGAAUCAUAUUGGGACUUUUCUGCCCACUUGUUUUAUUAUCUGCAUCUUACGAACCGUUCUUCUUUAUAAUUCUUGCAUUACAUUUGUCUUGCUGGUCAGAGUCUAAUGCGUCUUCCAUCCAGGAUUAUCAAAGUAAUAAAAACCCUUUGACAAUAGAAGAGUUGCUUAAAGCAGCAAUCUUUAUGUUAUAUACAUUAUUAUGUUUCUUUGGAACUGGCAACAUGGCAAGUAUCAGUUCGUUUGAUCCUUCUUGGACUCGUCAUUUCGUAACGGUUUUCUCUCCAUUUACAAUGUUUCUGUUGAUACUUUUAAAAUUAAGCAUUCCGUUGAUGUUAAUCGGAUGCACAAGUCACACACUUGGAUCUUCGAAUAUGUUUUUGGGACUACUUUUGCUGGGAGAUUGUUUAUCUUUACCACUCAUGUAUUAUGUUACUCCUCAAGGAAGUUGGCUAGACAUUGGUAGCGCUAUAAGCAGAUUCACAAUUGCUAUUUCUCUUCCAUGUCUUAUAGUAUUAUUGCAUUAUCUUUCAUAUCCUCUAAUAACAUUUUGUCCAAAUAAACUUAAGUUUUAC